CGUGAUGCACGUGCUUCCCUGCCUGUGAACCCUAAAGACGGUGCUCUGCAAGGCGGCAACACUGUGUGCAUUUCUUCACAACUCCAUACUCUCCAGUGUCAAGCACUUUCCAAGCACCUCAGGUAUCCUAAAUACUAGUGUACCCUAGUGGGACAUUCAGUCUGUCAGAUGACAGGAGACAGGAUGGAUGGUGAACGCUCCUUCAACACAUACAUGCGUGGGGAGUGUGUCGUGGAGAAUGGCGACAUUCUCCGCGGCCCCCCACGCACAGUCAAAGUAUCCAUGGGAGAUCCCGACGCGAAAUCUUUCUUCUGCUGUUGCUGGCCACGAGGGCCUCGCUUCACUAAGGUAGCCAAAUUCUUUUUCAAACCGCAUAAAGAAGAGCCCAGUCUCCAGAAGUACACGUCUCUGGAGACUGUGAUGUACAUGGACGGCAUGGUUUUCCGCGAAUACUGGACGCCAGGCAAGAUGGCCGUCAAGGUCUCCAUCAAGCAGCGGCGCGGAAAGAAAGUUGUCCUCUUUGGCCGCCUGGCAACCUUCCUUCAAGAGAUGGAGAACCGAAAUUCAGAAAAGUUCGUUCUUUAUGUUACGGAAACAAGCUUCAAAAUUAUUCAAAAGGACCGACCGGCUCCAGGCGGCGACGAUACCGAUGCCGCUGAGAAACAGAAAAAUAAGCCGUUACAAGAGUGCGAGUGCGCUAAACGCGGGGAUGACGAAAACGAAGUAAAGAUCGACUACGCGACUUCCUUGUUCAACAGUUUUAAGAAGAAAGAUAAACCCGUUAACAUCAUAACAGCUCCAGAAAUUGUAAAGUUACCGCCAGUAAUCCCCAUGCAAACCAAGAACGUGCGGUCAUUCAACAAAGACGCUCCUGCUGCACACCAACAGCAGCGCAGCGCGCCUCGUACUGUCCGUCGCGAUAAGCAAGCGUCUAUGAAGCCUAAAGAAACAAAGAAAGAAAAACAGAUUGUUCAGGUUCAGGAAAUACACGAGAAAGACAUUCCAUGCGAGACAAAGAAUAAUGCUGAUGAAAAGGCGACUAAUAAGAAAGACAAAGAAGAUACAGAGGAACAAAAUCAUACAGAGAUGAAGAAAGAAUCAGGAACAAUGAGUGAAGUACAGCUAGUUCAGGAAAUACACGAGAAAGACAUUCCAUGCGAGACAAAGAAUAAUGCUGAUGAAAAGGCGACUAAUAAGAAAGACAAAGAAGAUACAGAGGAACAAAAUCAUACAGAGAUGAAGAAAGAAUCAGGAACAAUGAGUGAAGUACAGCUAGUUCACGAAAAUCACGAUGAAAACGCGGAAAGUGUCGUAAAGAAUCCAGCAGAAGAGAAGAGCGCAGUUUGGGAAGAAUAUGAUAGAAAUGAGUCUGAAGAGACUGAAGGAGACACCGAAGAUGUGAAAAGCGUCCCUACAAAAACAGAAAAGACAGAUGAGGAAGAGAAAGAAUAUACUGAGAAACAAAAAGUUACCGAGAAGGAAAUCAAACCAGGAAAAAUUAGUGAAAUGCAGCUAGUUCAGGAAAAAGACGAUGAAUAUCAUGAAGGCGAGGAAGCUAAUACUCUUGAAGGAAAGGAGACUAGUGUUUCGGAAGACUAUGAUGCGCAUGACACUGGAAAAAAGGAAGUGGUUGUUGAAGAUGUGAAAAGUACCUCUCCUGAGAAAGACAAUGAAGAUAAGGAAAUUAAAAAGGGACAAAAUUUUGAGAAGGAAGCUGAGAAACAAGACGUUAUUGAGAAAGUUAACCUUCCCUCUAUAACCAAACUUUUGUCUUUAACCAAAGUCAUCGUGAAGAACAAUACAAGGAGAGAGAAGAUACGGAAAGCAAUGCUUUUAAGAAAGAAGAGAGAGAGUGUGUCGCUUGGCAAUGUGAAGACAACAUCACCGGUGGAAAAAAUGACGACGCGGAAGAAUAUAGGGAAGGACCAACAUUUGAAAAAGAAGGUAAUGACUUGCCGCCACAAGAACACCGCGAUGGCCAAUGUAAGCAGCAAGUGGAGGUGGUGGAAGGCCUCCCCACCUACACCGGUGAAGAACAUGACGGCGAGAAUGAAGGUAAAGAAGGAACUGGAGUUAAGAAAGAAGACGUUCUCGUGUAGCAAUUACCGUUAUGUCCGCCAGCUGAAAAGAAACAAUCAAACGUCAGGAGAGAAGAAAAACCGCUUCAAGAAAAUAAAUCUGAAAUCCGUCCGCUGUAAGAUCGACACCCAUUACAGCCUACCUAGUGAUUAUAAACCUGAUCUGGAUUUGAAGGUACUGGAAUCACAGUCGCCACCCUCAGGCCCCGCGCGAGUGAAAUGGGCCCGAGAGGUGGCUGCCCUUAAUGCUCGGCUGCGUUCACAGAAACAGAAGAAAGGGCGGACUAGUGCGCAGAGCCUCCAUCACGAGUCGCAAGCCGCUAAACACUUAGUCACUCGCACUGAGGACCAUCCUAGUCAGUGCAACCGAGAAAAUUGGAAAAAAAAAGUACAAAAACAAAGUAAGCUUUCUAACUAUGGAUUAAGAAGCCUAAGCACUGAGUCUUUACUGAGGAACAUGCUUGUGAAUCGAAACCCGAAAUUAGACCAAAAAGAAAAGUUUUUCAUUCUUUAAUUAAGGAGCAAGAACACUAAGUGAUUCCACUGAGGAACAAGGUGGUGAGUGAAAUCCAGAAAUCAAUGACCAAAAAAUAAAACGCUUAAAAUUUGCAAAGAAAAAAAGAAAUAUUAAUCUAUCUGUUAUUGACGAAACAACUGAGUGAUUCUUCAGCGAGGAACAAUAACAUUCGUGACAGUAAAUGAAAAAUAAUGACGUAAAAGAAAUUAAAAGAUAAAAAAGAUAAAGUAAAAAAAAAGUAACAAGAAAGUCUUUGCUCUCAUAACCUAUGAAGUAUAUUAAUCUGGUUGAAACCAGAAAUUAAUAGAAAAAAAGUAAUUAAAUUAUCUUCAUUAAAUAAGAAGCCUAAAUAUUUUGAGUGAGAGCAGAUCAGAAAACGAUGACAAAAUAUAAAAAAUAAAAAUCCAGCAAAGAAAUUUUUAUACAAGUUAUUUUAGAAUGCUACGAUUUGAAUGUUAACCUGCUGAGGAUCAAGAUUGUGAAAACCAAAACAACGACAAAAAACAAAGAAAAAAAAAGUUCUAUCCAGUAUUGGUGAAACAGCCAUUGAUAGUGAGAGGAAAACUGGUGAAAUACGGCUAUUAACAGUGAGAGGAAACAAGAGAACAAUGGCACAUAUAAAAACAAGGAAAAAAUAGAAAAAAAAAUCUUAACGAGGAAACAAAUUAAUUAAGUGACUCUCCACUAAGAAAACAAGAAGUAAGGAAAAAUAAUAAUAAAAAAGAUUAAAAAACAAACAAAAUACUGUACCGUAACUUAAGAAGUCUGACUUAAUUAUUAGUCCACUGAGAAAGAAGACUGCGUUUGGAAAACGGAAAACAUUAAAAAAAAAAAAGGAAGAAAAAUAGUACAUUUUAAUGAUGUAAUCACGUGGCUCACCACCGAAAAACUAGAUUCUGAGAGGAAGCCAGAAAAUGAUGAGAAAAAGAAAAAAAAAUCAUAAUGGGAAAAGUAAAAAAAAAAAAAUAAUGACAAAAUUUUUAAAAAAUAUGAAAAAAAGAAAAUGAAACAAAAAUUAUCAAAGAGAAAAAAAAGUUUACAAAAUUAUGGAAAUAGUUUUGAAGUAAAGAAGGCAGAAUAUUAUGGCAAGUAAUGAAAAAAUUAAAAAAGCCAAAAAAUGGUGACCAGAAACAGAAAAUAAUACCGAAAAAGUAAAAAAAAAAAUGAGGAAAAGGAAGAUAAGUAAAAAAAAAUCCAGAAAAUAACAAAAGUAAUAGAAAUAAAAAAAUGAAAAAAAUAGUGAGAAAAAAUAUAAAAAAAGAAAGAAAGAAAGACAUCAAAGUAAAAAAAAAAGCCAGAAAAUAAUGAUAAGAAAAUAAGUCAGAAAAUAAUGAGAAAACAGUAAAAAAAAAAAAGCCAGAAAAUAGUGAAAAAAUAAAUAAAAACAGAAAAUGAUGACAAGAAAGGAUUGACUAAGU